AUGGCUGCAGGAGAGAAAUCGAAUCCACUCCCGGUGGAUGCUCCAACCGAUACCACCCCUGUCCAACUCAUUGUGAAGGUGGAGGACCGCUUCAGCAGCGGCAGUGACGGAAGUUCAGUGGUCGAUGAUCAGGAAGGUCCACAACUUGUGGACAGUGGGGAUUCCUAUUUUUCGAACAAUUAUUACAUGGGUUGUGUGGCCACAGGGGUAGAGGGUAUUCAAUCUAAGGAGGAGGAUGGCAGUGACGAUGGUGGCCGCUAUUUCUCGAAUUUGUUAGUGGAGCACGAAGGGCAGCAGCAGGAGGAGGAGGUUGAGCAAUUGGGCUGGUGCCUGGUAUAUUAA